GUGCCAAGAGUAAUCUGGUCAAAGUUUAAGAAUUGUCUUCGAGCGAUGUGUCAGAUCCGAUGCAGUUAUACUAGAAAACGUGAUCAAGUAAGGCAUUAGGCUCAAUUUUUACACGAUUCGUGAUAUAAUUAUCAGCAGAUCUUUGCGGCCGAUUCCCAGAGGACGUUCCGCGGCGAAACCUUACUCAUGUGCCAUACUCCGAUCGUCCAGUAGCCGACGCUGAAACUACGUCGCCAUCAUGACGUCACGAGGCUACUACGUGGGGCUUACGCUUCUUGCGAUAUUCGGCUUCACCGUCACCCAGACUAAGGAAGUUCGACUAGAUUUGAUAAACCCCGACGUGGUGAUAAACGUUGGAGAAAAACUGCGUAUCCGAUGUCUACCGCAACCCGAUUCGCAGACAUCCUGGUACAAAAAUGACACCCAUUUCCAAUCGUCGGCACCGACAAUACGGGUGAUGAGCGAGUGGAUACGAUUCAAGGCAGUCCAGGUAGCGGACACAGGCAUCUACGGGUGCAAAGUCGCGACGAGAAACGUAAUAGAGUGGAAAAACGUCUCGAUAACGGUUGUCGAGCCGCCCGUAGAAGAGCAAAGAGACGAGCCGUUCCACCCCGAAAACGCGGCCCUCGAGUCGCGACGACCAGAGGAGGAAACGAACGAGCUUGAGACCGAGGCCAGAAAACGCAUGCCAGUGUCACUUUCGCUGCACAUGGACGCCGACCCGGACAGCGACAAGGCGGAGGAAUCGGAGGUCGGGGUGCACAACACAACGGCCGAACUGAGUCCCCCGUAUUUCCCGAAGAUCGACGCGAUGCACAAGGUGAUCGCAAAGCCGGCGGGAAACACGCUUAGACUGCGAUGUCCAGGUAGCGGAAAUCCCAUGCCGAACAUAACUUGGCUCAAGAAUAACCAGGAGCCUACGAGGUCGCUUGGAAUCGUUAAGAUACGGGGUUGGACCCUGAACAUAGAAGACGUGGUCCCCGAGGACGGCGGAAACUACACUUGCAUCCUGUGCAAUUCCCUCGGUUGCACGAACUACACGUUUAAGGUCGACAUUAUAGAGAGAUUCCCGCACAAGCCGUACAUCAACCCAGGAUACCCAAAGAACGUCACCGCACAGUUGGGAUCCUUGGUCCAAUUCGAAUGUUGUAUCGUGUCGGACCUGGAGCCUGACAUACAGUGGGUAAAAGUCCGUGGGAGUCCCGAAGAGGACAGAGAGCCCAAUGGAACUGUGAUUGAGGUUGGCGACACGAGUAGGCCGGACGUUUUGGAACUGGCGAACGUAACCAAGGAACACGAAGGCUGGUACACUUGCAUAGCAGCGAACAACCUGGGCGCCACAUUCAGCAGCGCUUAUCUCCGAGUGGUAGAAUCUCUGGAAGAGGAGAACCAGGUUCCGCUAACCGCUCGGCCUCAAUCGGUCCUGGUGAACGCGUUGGCUGGUAUACUCUGCACGUCUUUUCUCUUCGGGAUAAUAAUCGUCGUCAGUAUAUUCCGACGACUGAAACGAGAGAAGAUGAAGAAAAUACUGGCGAUAGAAACUGCUCGAGCUGCGGUCGUGACCCAGUGGACGAAGAAGGUGAUCGUGGAGAAACAGCACCUGGCCAACGCUCAGAACGUUCAGGAGACGCUCCUAAUGCCGAUCGUAAAGAUCGAGAAGCAAAAAUCGACCGCCACGGCCGAAGACAGCUCGGGAGGAAGUAUUUCCGAGUACGAAUUGCCGAUGGACAAUGCCUGGGAACUUUCUCGGGAUCAUUUGGCACUCGGAAACACCCUCGGCGAAGGGGCAUUCGGAAAAGUUGUUCGCGCCCAGUCGAACUCCCUUAAGCCUGGAAUACCGAGCGUCGUUGCUGUGAAAAUGCUCAAGGAGGGUCACACGGACGCGGAGAUGAUGGACCUGGUCUCGGAGAUGGAAAUGAUGAAAGUGAUCGGAAAGCACGUCAACAUAAUAAACCUGCUGGGCGCUUGCACUCAAGGGGGGCCGCUUUACGUGGUCGUCGAAUUCGCGCCUCACGGAAACCUUCGGGACUUCCUGCGGGAACACAGACCCUCUUCCGGUUACGAGCCGACGAUAGGCCAGGAAAUGAAGCAGCGAAAAACGCUGACGCAGAAGGACCUCGUCUCCUUCGCCUACCAGGUUGCCAGGGGCAUGGAAUACCUGGCGAGCAGACGCUGCAUCCACAGAGAUUUGGCGGCCAGGAACGUCCUCGUGAGCGACGAGUACGUCCUCAAGAUAGCCGACUUUGGACUCGCCCGCGACAUCCACUGCCACGAUUACUACAGGAAAACGACUGACGGAAGGCUUCCGGUUAAGUGGAUGGCACCCGAGGCCCUCUUUCACAGGCUUUAUACCACUCAGUCCGACGUAUGGUCGUACGGAAUUCUGUUGUGGGAAAUAAUGACUCUGGGCGGUACGCCCUACCCGUCCGUUCCAUCGGUUGAGAAAUUGUUUCAGCUAUUGAGAUCCGGACACAGGAUGGAAAAGCCGCCGUGUUGUUCUAUCGAGAUAUACAUGCUCAUGAGGGAUUGUUGGAGUUACCAACCAAACGAACGACCGAUGUUCGGUGAACUGGUCGAGGACCUUGACAGGAUAUUGACGAUAACCGCUAACGAGGAGUACUUGGACCUUGGUCUACCACAGCUAGACACACCGCCAUCGAGUCAGGAGUCGAGUGAAGCCGACGACGACGACGACGACGACGAGAAGUUUCCCUACUUGUUGUGAAUAACCCGGCGAAAAGAGAAACGAAGGUGACAACAAUUGCCGUUCGAGUGAUGAAUUUUCGAUGGAUAAUCAAGAGGUCUAAAACUUGGUUGGGUAGAAAUGAUGAGAAUGAUGGAAAAGGAAUCGUAUAAUCGAGAUGAAAUGAGAAAAUAAAUUUGCGAAUAAUAAACUAACAAACUGGCAAAGUAUAAUAUACGUAAUAGUGAAAAAUCAGGUGAAAUAUGUAGUGUUUGUUACACUAAAGGACGAAAGUGAAAGAGAGGAAGAAAGGCGGUUAAAGUUUUUUGUGAGUGUAAUGAGGUAAAUUACGUCGGGAUAUUUGUACAACCGAACGUCGACUGAUACAUAGAGAACACGCCAAAUGAUACAAAUCAGUAUUGACAAAAACAUUAAUAGAUAAAUAAAUAAAUGAAUGGAUGAUUAAACAAAACAUAAAAAUUAAUACAUGACGCAUAUUUUUUUGUAGACUUUUAAGGAACUAUUGAAAAACGAGAGAAAAAAUAUAAAAAUAAACCAACGCAUGUACACGUGGUGCCCGAUGAUUCGAGGUGCUAAUCGUGCAAGGUAUAAAUCACACGUUUUAUACUUUUUACGUAUUUAUGUAAUAAUAUAAUCAUGUGCCAUGACUGAGUGCCUUUCAAUUGUUACCAAUCUAGUAAAAUUGAAAUUACAUUAAUCGAUCGAGCGAUUGAUUUUUAAUUUCAUCUAAAAGUGUACUAAAGUGUAAGAAUGAAUAAUAAUAAUAAUAAUAAGCAAGUAUUUUUAUAAUUGAUUUAUAUACGUGUAUGUAUAUCUAUAAUAAACGUGCUCGUUCAACUCGUUGACAAUUUAUUAUUAUUGUUACAAUUAUUAUUAUCACACUUUCGAAAAGGCUCAAAAUCUUGACAAACUUUUAUCAUUAUUUCAUGUAUUAUAGAAAGAAAACAACAACAAUAAAAAAAAAAAAAAAAAUUGAGAAACGAAUUGCAAUGGGUACGAUAUUGUGUUUGUUACUAGUCAAUUUAUAAAUUUCAACAUUUUUGUACGAUAGACUUUUCUUUUUUCUAAGAUUUAUAAUAUGUAAUAUUUCUACGUUAUUAGAUAUUUUUUUUUUAUGUUAGAUUUAAUGCAAACUUGUAAAAAAUACUGAAGAAAAAGGAAGAGAUAAUAAUCACAAGAAGAAUACAAUUCGUUCACAUGUACGAACGUUAGGUACGAACCUUGCUGAAAAUUUGUAUCAGCUCGAACAUAAGAGAGAACGUCACGUUUCAGUUUUUUGUAUUAAUACAGAUACAUGUUUCCGUUAAUAUCGUGUGAAACAGUGGAUCCAAUCAUCUCCAAUAUCUCUCUUGAAGGUAUAAUACGAAUACCUCAAAGUAUUUAUAAAGCAUUCAACAUACGUGUAUAAAUAACAGUUUAUAAAAUUGUACUAGAUAAUAAAUAGCAUUAGAUAAUUUAUUAUUUGUAAAUUCAUCGCAAGUAUUUCUUUUUUUCCGUCUUCUAUUAUGCGAAAUCAGUUAUUGAACAUCGUAAAUGAAACACAAGAGGUACACGUCAUUGAAUAUAAAAUGCCGUUACGCGAAUGAAUAGAGGAAAGAAUUACCCUAUCUUGUAACUGUGUAUUCAUUAUUGUUAACAAUGGAAAGAAAUGAGACAUUAAAAAAAAAUAAAAAUGAAAAAAAAAACAAAGAAAAACCUGUAAAAAGUACAUUUAAGUACGUUCACAUCUAGGUUUAUGUCGUUACAAAGUAAAAAUAGUUUAGAUUAAAAAAA